UCCCAGUCCAUCCCAGUCCCUUCCCCCAGGACCCUCUGGAAUUUCCCCUCCCCCCCAGGAGUCAAAGGUCACGGAAUGGAGUGGGAAAUGCUCGGAGCACUGGUGAUACUGGGAGUUCUGUCCCUGGCCAGAGGGAACCCCCCGGAUGCCGCCAAUCCCUUCCAGUACGACUGGUGUCACCUGCGUGUCGGUGGCCUCGUGGUGGCGGCGGUGCUGAGCGUGGUGGGGAUCAUCGUCCUGUUCAGUGGGAAGUGCAAGUGCCGGAGCAAGGCCAGCCGCUGCCGCCCCUCCCCGGAGCUGUCACCUCUGGCCGGGAAAGGAGCCGCCACCUCCUGCUGAGCUGUCCUCAAAAUGUCCCCAAAGUCUCCCCGAGA